CUGGGCUGGGUGGCAACACGAUGACAAGUAUUAUUUUGCAUCAAUUUCUCUUUGUUAUUAUCCGCUCCUUUCUUUCCCUCAUUAUUAAAAGUUGCGUUCGUAGUGGUGAAGGAGACUAACGCUGAGACAUGGUGGAGAUCAAGAGCAUCGGGGUCGUGGGUGGCGGACAAAUGGGCUCCGGCAUCGCCCAACUCGCCGCGGCGAACGGGCUUGAUGUCAUCGUUCACGACUCUGACUCCACUGCUCUCAAUAAAGCGCUUAAAUCAAUCUCUGACAACAUUCGACGUCUCGUCUCCAGAGGCCAUCUGUCCAAGGAUAAAGGUGCUGAUGCUUUCAGGCGUUUAAAAGGUGCUUCGAAUUUGGAGGAUUUUCAUAGAGUAGAUAUUGUCAUUGAGGCCAUUGUGGAGUCUGAGGAUGUGAAGAAGAAACUGUUUGCUCAUUUGGAUAAGAUUGUAAAAGGUUCUGCAAUCUUGGCAUCUAAUACAAGCUCUAUUUCGAUAACUCGGUUAGCAUCCAUAACCUGUCGAUCAAGCCAGGUGAUUGGCAUGCAUUUUAUGAAUCCUCCACCUAUAAUGAAACUAGUUGAGAUUGUUAGGGGUGCAGAUACAUCAGAUGAUACGUUCAAUACCACAAAAUGCUUGGCAGAGAGGUUUGGCAAGACAAUUAUUUGUUCUCAGGAUUUUCCUGGCUUCAUUGUGAACCGGAUUCUAAUGCCAAUGAUAAAUGAAGCAUUUCAUGCACUAUAUACGGGAGUAGCAACAAAGGAAGACAUAGAUACAGGCAUGAAGCUGGGGACAAACCAUCCGAUGGGCCCUUUGGAACUUGCAGAUUUUAUUGGAUUGGAUGUUUGUCUGUCAAUUAUGAAAGUUCUUCAUGCUGGCCUUGGGGACAGCAAGUAUGUACCAUGCCCACUUCUCGUGCAGUAUGUUGAUGCUGGUCGUCUAGGUAAAAAACGAGGCAUUGGUGUGUACAAUUACAGUAAAACAACCAAGGAAAUGAAGCCGUUAGCUCGACUUUAAUUUCUAAUGUGUGAAUAGCAAGGAUAUAGAUUAUGUUUUUUAAAUAUGAUACCUGUCUUGUCUGGCGAGGUAUGUUCCGCAACAAAUUUCUUUAUCCCAUCAGAACCUUGUGUAUACUUUCUUUCUUGAGCUCAGGCUUGUUGGAGAAUAUACUAGCUUGUUGGAGAAUAUACUCUCUUCUGUUGAUUCAAAUAAACAUUAAAAUGCUGAUGUUUCUCGUACUGAGAAGAAUAUGUUUUCUUGCAGUA